AUGACAAUAUUAAACAAUAUUCCACAUCGAAGUCAAACAUCAUAUUAUAAAUAGUCGAUUGGAACACAUAAUCUGACAACAAGUUUGAACUCUUCACAAACAGCUAUGAAAAUUCUUUUUUGUUUGUUAUUAUUCACGAUAACCGUGCUGGAGGCAGGCGAUGUGAAAAGGUACAGCAAACGUUUCGCUGGAUUAAGCGGUGUUGGAAUUGGUGGGACUGCCGGAUGUGUAGUCGUAGAUAACAAACUUUUUGCUAACGGUUACUUCCUUCGAGAACUGAACGUUGAAGAACAAAGAUCGUUUGAAGAGUACGUCAAAGACUUGGACAAAUACAAGGAGGAAGUGAAGGCAUCGUUGGAAGAAAGACGCAAAGAGUUGCAAUCAGCGCGUCAGAAUGGGAAAGAUGGCAAGACUUCGUCUCCUAAAGAAAAGAAGCUCCCCGAACCACCCAAAAAACCAUCAUUCUGCACCACUGCUGAUACCACUCAAUACUACUUCGAUGGUUGCAUGGUUCAGAAUAAUAAAAUAUAUGUGGGACAAACAUAUGUAAGAGAUUUGACAUCAGAAGAAGUGAAAGAUCUGAAAACGUUCGAUAGCAAAAUGACAACUUAUCAGAAACAUCUCUCUUCCUCCAUUCAACAGGUAAUAAACGAUUGCAUUUCAAGUUUAAAUUAG